UCUGACACGGUGCGAGAGUCCAGCCUCGUCUCUUUGUUUUUCUCUGAGAAACUGGUCUUCUUUUGUCAAGAAUAAAUGACAAUCCUGUCUGAUCAACUGUCACCUAAUUGAGGACAGCAUUUAAAACGGUCUUCUAUCUGCUACAGAGUUGGCCUGUGCAGGCAUGGAGCCCCUGGCAGUGGAUGAUGACAUUUGCAUCCUUAAGCAUGAGACGGCCUAUAACACCGCUGGCGAGAGUCCCGUAUCGGUGUGUGCUGGCGAUGAAUCUGUCGCUUCCCAUUUCGCCCUGGUCACAGCCUACGAGGACAUCAAAAAGAGGCUGAGAGACACCGAGCGAGAGAACACCUUGCUGAGGAAGAGGGUUAAGCAGCUGGAGGAUAAGCUCUUCAGGCCGGAUGCUCCUCCAUCAGAAGGUCCGCAGUACGUGAACAAGGCCUUCAGUGCUUACCGAGGUAUCUAUAUAGAGAAGGAGGACCUGCAGAUGGAGCUUAACAAACUGAAAAAGGAGAAGAGCGAGAGUGAGAGGCUGCUGACGGAGCAGCUCCAGGCCAAAGAGUUGGAGCUGCUUCAGCUGAGGACAGAGAUGGAGACCAGCCAAGGUACAGUGAUGAAGAGCCUGAACAGCCCUCAGGACUACUGGCAGGUGGACAGGGUGAGCACUGAGCUAAAGAUCCACAAACUGCAGGAGGAGCUGGAGAGGGUGACACUGGAAAACAGUAGAUUGUUGGAGAGAAGUGGGGAGGAACUCCAUGGCCUUAAUGGACCAGACUUGGACCAGACCUGUGACACAAAGUAUAAUGCAAGGCUGUCUAGAGAAGCAGAAACGUUUAAAGGGAGUUUUCUGCCGUUCUGCAGGGAGAGGAGCAUGCAGCAGACGUAUGAGGCUCUGUGUUGCGAGGUCACUCGUCUCCAUUCAGAGCUGAAGCACCAAACGGGCCUGAUUAGGAAACUCAGGCCACUCAUCAGUGAGACAAGACAAGCUGCCUCAACUGUUCCAGUCCAAUGUCUGGACGACGUGGAAAAGAACAACAACCACCACGCUAUUCCUCGGGUGUCAGUACCUCGCCCUCCUAGUGCCCCCCCACUCCCCUCAUGCUCCGGCCGGCCCUGCCCCCCUGUCUGUGGGCCAUCGGGCACCCUGCUUCCGGACAGUCUGCGGGAGGACUGCUGGUACAAUGGGCCCUGGCCCACCCAGAGCUGUUCAGGAGAGGCUCUGAUGGGCAGCGACACCUGCUCUGUCGUCCUGCCCCCGCCUCCCCUGAACCAAGCCUCCCUGGAUGACAGCUCGCGGUCCUUCCCCAGUCCCCCCAAACCCAGCGAUGCCAUGUUCUGGGAGGGACACUCCGCUGCAUCCAACUCCUCAUCCUCAAUUGGAAACUGCAGUCCCAGGAGCCCUCCCAAUGCCGAGUGGGCCAAGCCCUAUUGAGAGGAACUUCAAUGGGAGAAUAGAUGAUUAAAUAGAGUGUGUAAUUGGACGGAAAAUAAACAAAUGGAUGAAUGAAUGGACUCUCCAACCCUGCCACAUAGCUACCACCUAACCUGCCUUAAGUUGAUAAGACCACUCCUCUGGGCUGGACUGCACUGGACCUGCUGGUUGUGGGGACUAAUUGAGGCCAUAGUAGGCCUUUUUGAGGUAAAGACUCCAUAAAAUCAUUACUCCGUUAUCUGCACACCGCAUCGGUGAACAUAUCAGACUUUGCAGAGGAGCAUUUGACGAGAGACCCUCAGCAGAACAAAUAGUUUGUCGGUGUGUAUGUGUCCUUGUAUGCACAUGCAUAAGUGUGUGCAAGCAUGCAUACAAGCAGUUUUAUUUCUAUGUGUGCGUAUACACACGUCAAACAGAGCGUGCCUGUGUGUGCAGAUCAGUGUACCGGCAUCUUUCGCCUGCCCGGAUCUGUAUAUCGUCAUAAUAAACCUAAUAGGGCUCAAAGGGCCUCUUUCUCCAUUCACUGUGGCCAGUGAUUACUGGGCCCACAGCAUUGUACUAGAAUUUGUAAAAGUGUACUCCCUCCAAUGCAAGUCUUUUUACAUUCGAUCGCUGUAAAGUAAAGAAGGUAUGUAGUACCAUGUAUGUCUCAUGAUCAUGUGAAGGAGACGUGUAGGUAUGAGGACUUGUUGUGAUUUUUUUGUUUUUGUACUGUGAUGAAGACAGACAUACAAUAAAUAUAGGAUAAUCAAUCAGAUUUUUGUUCCAAAUUUUAACAGCUACCAAAUGGCAUCUUUUUUUUCCCUUUAAAAUUUGUUGUUGUUUUUUAACAGUCCUUACAGAAGUAAGCUGUCAAUCUACUUUUGAUUACCAAAUCAUUUUUGAGAAUGCACUUACAGUAUCUGGAUUUUUGAGGUAAUGCGUAAUGAGUAGCAAAUAAUUUUAAUCUCAAAAUGUAUUGCUUUUUGAAAAAAAAAACACUGCACCCUCACUGGCACCAGAAAAAAAGGUUCAACUGUAGACGAUUUUCACAGAAAUUUCACAACUCAAGUAAACCUGCCUGUUAUUACAUAUUCAAUUCUGCUGUCAGACGAUCUCUGUUGUGUUGUUUUCUUUUUGUCGUCGUAAAGGGACAUGUAAGAUGUGAGGCUGUGCUUUGUUGGAUGUUUUUUGAAUUUGAAGGACUCAUGAAAAAGCUUCACACACUCCCCUGUAUUUGAGACCCCGAUUACGUUGGAAACCUGAUUAGGUUUGUGGAGACUUUGAACAAUAGAAAAUGUAUCUAAACCCUGUACUGUGCUGAUGUUAAUCUAUGAUACAUUUGUUUUGCAGUAUGAGGUAAGUUGUUGUGUGAGGAGGGAAGUUUCUCUUUGAUUUCUCUUUUAAAGUCAGAUGAAUAAAAACUACUGAAAGAUGUACAAAAGAAAACACAUUACGAGUAGAAGACAAAGAUACACAGAGGGAAGAAUGUGCAUAUCUGUAUAAAUGUAUAUGGUGGGCUUCAGUACUCUGCCAAACGCAGUUUUGCACUCCAAACCAUAGGUUUAGUUUGUUUUUUCUGCCCUAACCCCCAACGUUUCAGAUGUGUAUAAAAGCUUUCUGCUAUGGUGACAAGACAGUAAGUCUGUUAACCUGAACAAAUGUGAGCUGUGACUUGACUAAUAGGUGCACAAAGCACAAAGGCCCAUGGUUGUUGAAAAGACUUUUUGUUUUUCCAUUUUUCUUCAGUCUGUUUCAUGAUAACUGUGGUCUUUUCGUUGAUUUUUAAGAAAUGUUAUUUUACAGCAGUAGUUUCAUACUUCUGUAAACGAUUUGCAAACCAAAAUGCAAUGUACAGUAGAUAUGGAUUAUAUUUUAGAUUUACUGCACUUCAGACUGUUUGUAAAUAUGAUCAAUUAAACAAAGGAAAGGAA